CCGUUUGCUUUCCCUAGUUUUAUCAGUUAAUUCAUUCGUUCCGAUUCACGGUGUUUGGUUAAUUUGGUUGCCUGAGAUUUAGAAGUUCAAGUAGAAGUAACAGAAGCCGACAAGUAAAACGAAAGCUAAUUAGGAGAAAGCCACAGCCAGUUGGCCCAGUUUGAAUGAGAAGAAGUCGUAUCCUCUCGAUCAAGCGAUUCCUUCUUUCCAUGUAAUUGCCCGAAAUUCGUCUCACAAAUUUAGCCAAGCCUCUCUGACGGUUAAUCGGUUUCCAAAACCACGAAGAUGGGUGAUGACAUAGAUCUUGACUGUGAUUGUGACCUUGGCGAUGUCUGUUUUUGUGACGAUGAUUGUGACUGUAAUUGCUGCUGCUGCUGCUACGAUGAUUGUAACUGCUGCUGCUACGACUCCAACUCUGCUGACAACUCAUGUUCGAAUUGGAAUAUCUGUCUUAUUUGCAUAAGUUGGGAUAAUAAUCAGAACAGUCAUCGUGAAAGACAUUACCAUGAGCAUGAUCCUUGUUGGUGGUGCUGUUGUUGUCGUGACGACAAUAACAAUAGUCGGAAGAUGAAGGAAUUGAGAAGGAAAGAAUCAGAUGCAAAGAAGGAACAAGUUGGGAUUGAUGAUGCUAAAAGUGAGAGAUGCUACUAUUGUGGUAAAAAUAAGACUACACCAGACAGUAGAUGCUCAAAUUGUCUGAGGUAUUCAAAGGUGUCAUCAGCUUUGGACCCUCAUGAGAUACCUCAACCACAAACAAUGGCUCCCCCUCAGGUUGCUCAACUUGUUCUGCCCUUACAUAAUGAAAAAUAUUUCAUGUACAGGGAUAGGAAGGAUUGGUACCACGAUUAGUGUUUUUUCCCCCCUUAAAUGUUAACCAUGGUUGGUGUGUGGACAUGUAAAAUGUAAAGAGAAGUGAGUUCUUGUUAUCUCAUUUGGUUUUAUAGUUAUUUUAGGGGUUUUUUCUUCUUAACUCAAUACAUGUAAAGAGAAGUGAAAGUUCUUUGUUAUCUGUUUUAUAGUUAUUUUAGGGGUC